AAUUUCUUUAUUACUCAGGGAUCCUACGGUUUUGAAGGAAGAAAAUGGCAAACCUCCAGGAUAUUGGCCUUUCUGCUGCUAUUAAUAUUCUUUCGGCCAUUGGUUUCCUUCUGGCUUUCUCAAUGUUACGACUUCAGCCACUCAAUGAUAGAGUUUAUUUCCCAAAAUGGUAUUUGAAGGGUAUUAGAAGCAGUCCAACACACAACCGAGCUUUUGCAUCAAAAUUCGUUAACUUGGACUUCAGAACAUACAUAAAAUUUUGGACUUGGAUGCAUGCGGCUUUAAGAAUGCCUGAACCAGAGCUUAUAGAUCAUGCAGGGCUGGACUCUGCUAUGUAUGUUCGGAUUUACCUUCUAGGAUUAAAAAUAUUCAUUCCAAUAACUGCACUUGCUUUUGGAGUCUUGAUUCCUAUAAAUUGGACCGGGAAAACAUUAGGAAAUAUCAAGGAUAUUAAUCAUAUUACAUUCGAUAAAGUUGACAAGCUUUCUAUAUCGAAUGUGCCUUCUGGUUCCAACAGGUUUUGGGCCCAUAUCUUAAUGGCAUAUGUUUUCACAGGUUGGACUUAUUAUGUGUUAUAUAAUGAGUAUAAAAUCAUAGCUAAUAAGAGACUACAUUUUCUUGCAUCUGAGGGUCGUCGUCCAGAUCAUUUCACAGUUCUUGUGAGAAAUGUUCCUCCUGACCCUGAUGAAUCUGUUAGCGAGCACGUUGAACAUUUCUUUUGUGUAAAUCAUCGUGAUCAGUACCUUACACAUCAGAUUGUUUAUAAUGCAAAUCUCCUUGCAUCGAUAGUGGAAAAGAAGAAGAAAUUACUAAACUGGCUAACUUAUUACCAAAACAAGUUUGAGAGGAACCCUUCUACUAGACCAACCAUAAAGACAGGUGUCUGGGGGCUCUGCGGAACGCCUGUUGAUGCAAUUGACCGUUAUGAGUCUGAACUCAAAUGUUUGAGUGAAGAAGAAGAUGUAGAACGAGAGAAGGUACUAAGUGAUCCAAAUGCAGUAAUACCAGCUGCAUUUGUUUCAUUCAGAACUCGAUGGGGAGCAGCCAUAUGUGCUCAAACUCAGCAAACAAGUAACCCAACAAUCUGGCUAACAGAAUGGGCUCCUGAGCCACGUGACAUUUAUUGGAGUAAUCUGGCGAUACCAUAUGUUUCUCUGUCGAUCAGAAGGCUGCUGAUGGCAGUUGCUUUAUUUUUCCUCAUCUUCUUCUUCAUGAUUCCCAUCACAUUUGUUCAGUCUUUAGCCAACAUUGAUGGGAUUGUCAAGGUCUUCCCUUUCAUCAGACCAUUGAUGGAGAUGAGCAUUAUAAAAUCGUUUAUUCAAGGUUUUCUUCCAGGCAUUGCAUUGAAGAUAUUCCUGAUUAUACUCCCUUCUAUUUUGAUGACAAUGUCGAAAAUAGAAGGACUUACGUCACUAUCAAACUUGGAGAGGAGGUCUGCAGGGAAAUAUUACUUUUUCAUACUUGUUAAUGUUUUCCUUGGAAGUGUGAUAACUGGAUCAGCACUUGAUCAGCUCCAAGCUUUCCUGAACCAGUCUCCAUCCAAGAUACCAAAAACUCUAGGUGUAGCAAUCCCGAGAAGAGCAAAUUUCUUCAUAACAUACACAAUGGUUGAUGGAUGGUCUGGAGUUGCUGCAGAGAUUGUUAGGCUGAGUCCUUUAGUUAUGUUCCACAUACAGAAUGCAUUCUUUGUUAAGACUGAUAGAGACAGAGAAAAGGCAAUGGAUGCUGGCAGCUUGGAUUUUGCAUCUUCAGAGCCAAGGAUACAGCUCUAUUUCCUAUUGGGAUUGGUAUAUGCAGCAGUCACGCCUAUACUUCUUCCUUUCAUCAUCGUGUUCUUUGCCUUUUCCUACAUUGUCUACCGCCAUCAGAUCAUUAAUGUGUAUGAUCAAAAGUACGAGAGUGGGGCUCGAUUCUGGCCAGACGUGCACAGGCAUAUAAUAAUAUGCAUGUUAAUAUCUCAAGUGCUGUUGUUUGGAUUGUUGAGCGCGAAAGAAGCGUCACAUUCAACACCAUUCUUGAUUGCUCUACCUGUUUUGACAAUAUGGUUCCAUAGAUUCUGCAAGGGUCGGUUCGAGUCUGCAUUCACGAAAUUCCCAAUUCAGGAUGCGAUGGUUAAGGAUACGUUAGAGUUGGCAACAGAACCUCGGCUGAAUUUGAAAGCGUAUCUUCAGGAUGCAUACGUGCAUCCGGUAUUCAAAGGAGAAGAGAUAGCAAAGGAAGAAGAAGAAGAAGCAUAUAUGGAUGAAUUGGUAGAGAACAGUCCACUUGUUCCAACUAAGAGGAGUUCAGUAAAGGAUAGUAGUCAGCAUGGUGGUUCUUCUCAAGGUACUACUCCUGACCGUUCUCAUGACAUGCAUCAAGCUUGAUCAAUUCAAAUUCAAACUCCAAUAAUAAUAAUA